AUUCUACAAACAUCACUACAUCAUUAUUCAAUUUAGUGAAGUCAUGAAUGAAGUCAUAACUGCCUACAAUUCUCUCAUUCUCCCACAUUUUAAAGGAAUUAUUUUUCUCCAAUAAAAUUGGAAACAGAAAACCCAGAAAAUUCAAAAUAAAAUCAUCAAAAAUUAAAAUCAAUGGCAGAAGUGCAGAAGAUGAAGUUGGGUUCGCAAGGGUUAGAAGUAUCAGUCCAAGGACUUGGGUGUGCAGGAAUAGUUCGACCACCAAAGCCAGAAGAUGAGAUGAUUGCUCUAAUUCAUCAUGCCAUUAAUUCUGGCAUCACUUUUCUUGAUACUUCUGAUAUUUAUGGCCCCUUUACCAGUGAAAUUCUUGUGGGAAAGGCUCUAAAAGGAGGGAUGAGAGAGAAGGUACAAUUAGCUACCAAGUUUGGGUUAAUAUCAGCUGAUGGUAAGAUAGAGGUGCGGGGUGAUCCUGCCUAUGUGAGGGCUGCUUGUGAGGCUAGCUUGAAGAGACUUGAUGUUGAUUGCAUAGACCUUUAUUAUCAGCAUCGUGUCGAUACCAGUGUUCCGAUAGAAGUAACGGUAGGUGAGCUCAAAAAAUUGGUUGAAGAGGGAAAGAUCAAGUACAUUGGUCUAUCAGAAGCAUCUGCUACGACAAUCAAAAGAGCUCAUGCUGUCCACCCCAUAACAGCUGUGCAGAUGGAGUGGUCUUUGUGGACACGAGAUUUAGAGGAAGAAAUUGUGCCUACCUGCAGAGAACUAGGCAUCGGAAUUGUAGCAUAUAGCCCUUUAGGACGUGGAUUCUUUUCAUUGGGAGCCAAGGUGGUUGAAAACUUCUAUGAAGGUGACUACCGAAAGAAUAUACCGAGGUUCCUGCCUGAAAACCUUGAGCAUAACAAACACGUUUUUGAACGGGUUAGUGAUAUGGCUGCAAGGAAAGGGUGCACUGCAUCGCAGCUCGCUCUUGCUUGGGUUCAUCAUCAAGGGGACGAUGUCUAUCCUAUCCCAGGCACAAGCAAGAUCAACAAUCUGAACCAAAAUAUUGCAGCCUUGACAGUGAAACUAACACCUGAUGAAAUGGCUGAACUCGAGUCGUAUGCUUCUGCUGAUAAUGUGAAGGGUGAUAGAACCUGGACUAAAACCUUUUCUUGGAUGGAUUCAGAUACCCCUCCUUUGUCUUCUUGGCAAUCAUCAUAGAACAAUCUAUUGCAAAAAUAUGUUGUAUUCUUGAUUCACAGGUACAAAAGUUAUAAAUAAUGUGUUCACUUGUUUGUAUUCAAAAUUCUUUAUCCAUCAUUUUUCGAAUUAGAUUAA